UAGAGACAAAUAUAACUUGUAUUGAGUUGCCGUCUUAAAUAAAAAAAAGGUGGUGAGAGAAAACAUGGUGAGCAAAAAUCUAACAGAAAUCAAAGAAGAUCAUGAAUAUGGUUAUGAUAGACACAAAGAUUUGAAGGCUCUUGAUGAAUCAAAAGCAGGUGUAAAGGGCCUUGUAGACGCUGGUUUAUCCAAGCUCCCUAAAAUAUUCAUUCAUGAACAGGAUAAAACAACCACUUCCAACAAUCUCAGUAUUCCACUCGUUGACUUUGGACCUCUAUUUACAAAUCCAACAAAUUCCAGUUCACGUUUUGAGAUAAUUGAGAAAUUAAAGUAUGCAAGUGAGAAAUGGGGAUUCUUUCAAAUAAUCAACCAUGGAAUUCCAACCACUGUUUUGGAUGAAAUGCUUGAUGGGGUGGUUAGAUUUCAUGAACAAGACACUGAGAUCAAGAAAGAGUUUUAUUCUCGUGAUGUUACUAAAAGGGUUUAUUAUAACACCAAUUUUGAUUUGUAUGUUACUCCAGCUGUUAAUUGGAGGGAUACUCUCUCUUGUGUUAUGGGCCCUCAGUCUCUUGAUCCUCAGAAACUGCCUACAGUUUGCAGAGAUAUAACAGUUAAAUAUUCGGAGUAUGUUAAGAAAGUGGGAAUAGUUCUGUUUGAAUUGCUUUCUGAAGCAUUAGGCCUCAAUUCCAGUUACCUCAAGGACAUAGAUUGUGCAGAAGGAAUUUUUCUAAUUUCUCAUUAUUACCCACCUUGCCUUGAGCCUGAACUCACUUUUGGCACAAGUGCUCAUUCUGACAGCAGCUUCCUCACUAUUCUUCUUCAAGAUCAACUUGGUGGCCUCCAAGUUUUCCAUGAAAAUCAGUGGAUUGAUGUCACACCGAUUCCCGGUGCUUUGGUCGUUAACCUUGGUGACUUAGUGCAGCUAAUCACAAACGAUAAGUUUCUGAGCGUUAAACACCGGGUUCUGGCACAAAAAAUUGGACCAAGAGUUUCAGUAGCAUGCUUUAUCAGGCAGCAUCUUUCCCCUGAGAAUUUAAAACGAUAUGGACCUAUAAGUGAGUUGCUUACACCAGAGAAUCCUCCAAUUUACAAGGAAACAUCAGUGAAGGAUUUGGUCUCACACUACUAUGGGAAAGGGCUAGAUGGUAAGUCUGCACUAGAUCACUUCAGGCUGUAAAGUAAGAGAAAUCAAUGAAUAAAUUAGCAGAUAGGAAUGAAAUUUGGUUGAAAUGUGUAAAAAUGAAAAUGCAACAUGUCUUGGUUGUAAACUCUCUCCCAUCUUGGUUUUAUGAGUUUGAUAUUUUAGUUUUCA